CUAUAGCUUUGUGUUUCUUUAGGCUUUUUCCCAUUUAACACACAGAGUGUUUCUUUAGCCAACACCACCAAAAAAAAUCCCCUCUCACAGAAAAAGAAAAUGACGUCACAACCAAAACCACCACCGGAAACAACCACCCCUAUCCCCCACCCCUACACUCUAAAACACACCCUAACCGGCCACAAACGUUCAAUCUCCGCCGUCAAAUUCUCCGACGACGGAACCCUCAUCGCGACUUCCUCCGCCGACAAAACCGCCCGUACCUGGUCCACCACAACCUUCACCACCAUCCAACAAUUCAUCGGCCACGAACAAGGUAUCUCCGAUGUCGCAUUCUCCUCCGAUUCUCGAUUCCUCGCAACCGCCUCAGACGACAAAACCGUCCGUCUUUGGGACGUCUCCACCGGUACCUUACUUAAAACACUAACCGGCCACACUAACUAUGUUUUUUGUGUCAAUUAUAAUCCUCAGUCAAACAUGAUUGUGUCGGGUUCUUUCGAUGAGACAGUUAGGGUUUGGGAUGCAAAAACUGGGAAAUGUUUGAAAGUUUUACCUGCUCAUUCUGACCCAGUUACCGCGGUUAAUUUUAACCGAGACGGUAGUUUGAUUGUUUCGAGUAGCUAUGAUGGGUUAUGUAGGAUUUGGGAUGCUUCUACUGGUCAUUGUACUAAAACUUUGAUUGAUGAUGAUAACCCGCCUGUUAGUUUCGUUAAGUUUUCGCCUAAUGGGAAAUUUAUCCUUGUUGGGACUCUUGAUAGUACUCUGAGGUUAUGGAACUUUUCAACCGGUAAGUUCUUAAAGACCUACACCGGCCAUACCAACUCAAAGUACUGCAUCUCAUCAGCAUUUUCCAUCACCAAUGGCAAAUACAUCGUCAGUGGUUCUGAGGACAAUUGUGUGUAUUUGUGGGAACUUCAGACAAGAAAAGUUGUCCAGAAACUCGAAGGUCACACUGAUGCUGUCAUAACGGUUGCAUGUCACCCAAAUGAGAACAUGAUUGCUUCAGGGGCCCUAGAAAAUGACAAAACAGUAAAAAUCUGGACUCAAGAUGUUCAGAAACCAGAAAGAUAAACCGAUGGCUUGAUGACAAAACAGUAAAGCUUUAGACUCGAGAUUGACUUCUACAAAAUCUUUUUCUGUAAGUUGUUAGUGGGCAAGGCAUUUUAUGGUUUAUAUGAGUUUAAGUUCUGGCAUUUUCAUCAAAAAGUCUAAUGAGCAGUCAUUUGUUAAACUCUCUAUUAGCUCUAUUUUGUA